CAAUUCCCCUUUUGAGUUCUUAGGGUUCUUGGCUUCUUGCAGCUUAACGAUUAAAAUUGUUCCAUGCAAUCAGAAAAGAGAGAUCACCGCCAAUAAGAGUAGAUUCUCACACUCGAUUCCGUGUACAAUUGCAGAGAAGAUGCUUUCAUGAACUUCAGUCGUGUGAAUGGUUGCGGGGGGCUAAGAUUAAUGUCUUUGUCCCCAGCAGUCAGCAGAUGAGCAUCGAUUCUUUGGAGAAGUCGGGAAGGGACACUAAUGAGCGUGCAACUCCAUUCCCCAUUUAUUGGGAUUCCAGUUUCUGGACCUCUAAAGGUUCGAAACAAUGUCUGUUUACCAUAUUUGGUGGGGUUUAGGAAACGGAGGCGGCCUCGUGAUAAGGUUCUUCGUGCCAAAAGGCAAGAUGAUUGGAAAGCACAGGCUGUUAGGUUUUCAGAUUUUUGCGGUAGAAAUGUAGAGUUGCUGAGGAAGGCCAUUGGAUCUAGAAAUGGCUUGAAAGUGGACUUUGUGGUAGAGCCUUUAACUAGAAGUAAAGCCUUUGUGAGGUCCUUGACUCCUUUGUGGCAAGAAGGCUUGCUCCUAGUGAGAUGUUCAGCUCUCGUAGCUGUGAUAUCUGGGGUUUGUUUGUUGGUAUGGUAUGGGCAAAACAAAGCCAAGCGUUAUAUAGAGGCCAAACUUUUGCCUUCUGUUUGCUCUAUGGUGAGUGAGUACAUCCAACGAGAUGUAAGUUUUGGUAAGGUUCGAGGAGUUUCUCCUUUAAGCAUUACUUUGGAGUCCUGCUCGAUUGGGCCUCAUUCUACUGAAUUUUCAUGUGGUGAGGUACCCACUAUGAAGCUUCGUCUUCGCCCAUUUGCAAGUUUGAGUAGGGGGAAGAUUGUAAUUGAUGCUGUACUGUCUCAUCCUACUUUACUGGUCGUGCAAAAGAAAGAUUACACCUGGUUGGGCAUCCCCUCUACUGAAGGUGGUCUCGAGCGACACUUAUCCACCGAGGAGGGAAUUGAUUACCGUACAAAGGCUAGGAGGUUUGCUAGGGAGGAAUUAGCUGCUCAGUGGGCUAGAGAAAGGGAUAAUAAUGCCAAGGAAGCAGCAGAGAAAGGUUAUCUUGUUCUUGAGCAUGAUUCUACUCGGGCUGAAAAUGGUGUGAUAAAUCAUGACCCAACUCCUUUGUCAGAUACAACUAGCCCUGAAUCUUUUUCCUGUGUAGAUGAUAAGAUGCACUGGAGAGACCAUCAUUGUGCCGACACUAGUGUUGAUUAUGAUGUGAAGCAUGCUGAUCUCGAGAAAUCAUUUGGUAGAAGUUCAAGUCUUGAAUUAUGGAACCGAGUCAUCAAUGGACCCAGAAGAAAGUUUAAAAAGAGGAAAUCCAACGGUAUUGACAGCACUGUUGCUGGUAUUAGUGCCAAAAGGAAAAUCCUGGAACGUAGUGCAUCUGCAACGAUUGCUUAUUUCCAAGGUCUCUCAAAUGGCAAGUUUGAUGAUCCAUCUCAUUCACAUGGGGGUGGCUGUGAUACAGUGGAUUUUGAGAACAUUUUGGCGCCAAGCAAGGCUGUUAGUAGUGAUAUUGAUGUUUCUGUUGAUGUGAAUAGUGGGAAUCAAUAUCUUACAGAUAAAAAUAAAAACGUUGAUGGGAAUGGUGAUUCCGGGAUUGAGCCUUAUGCCGAGAGAAAAAGUAUUAUAGGGCAACUAGAUGACUUUGACCUCUUCCGAGAUCCAUUUCUGAUGACUUUAAGUAGACUGAAUGCAAUAGGAAAGUUGAGUAAUAAGUACCCUGUCGUUGGUCACAGUCUCAGGAGCACAAGAACCAGCAUUUUAGAUAAGGAAGAUUUAGUGAAUGUCGGUAUAGUUGGACAGAAGAAUAAUGAUCUGUACAAGAUUUACAGUGGUCCUCCUGCAUCUCAGAAUUCGACUUCUGAAAAGCCUGAGACUGAAUCGUCAGUUUUACGUCCAGUUCCAGUUAAGCCAGUGAAUUUGAAGUCUGCAUUGCCUUAUGCCUCAAGAAACAUUGUGAAUUUCUCAAACAAUCCUUUUGUUAGCCCCAUGGCGAAGUCAAAGUCAAAGUCAGGUGUUAGUCCAACAUUCGAAGACAUAGUGGCAGAACUUGCUGAUGAAGUAGAUAUUGUGCAUGCUGAAGGAAUUGAGAAGAAGCUUCCUGUUUACCUAGAUUCUAUUAUUUUUAAGGGGGGAACUCUUAUGCUAAUGGCUUACGGAGAUCGAGAACCUAGAGAGAUGGAGAAUGCCAGUGGACAUGUGAAAUUCCAAAACCACUAUGCACGAGUGCAUGUUCAGUUAAGUGGCAAUUGUAAGAUGUGGAACACUGAUGCAAUUUCUGAAGACGGUGGCUGGUUGGCUGUUGACGUGUUUGUUGACAAUAUUGAGCAGAAAUGGCAUGCCAAUUUAAAAAUUUCAGACCUUUUUGCUCCUCUUUUUGAAAGGAUCUUAGAAAUUCCAAUCAGCUGGUCCAAUGGAAGAGCCUCUGGUGAGGUGCACUUGUGUAUGUCUAGAGGAGAAACAUUUCCUAAUCUUCAUGGACAGAUUAAUGUGACAGGAUUAGCAUUUCAAAUAUUUGAUUCCCCAUCUUCAUUUUCUGUAAGUUCUAUGAGCAUUUCAUAUAUUCAUUUGUCUUUAUUGCGAGGUUUUAUGAUCCUUGGCUUCUCUUCACAUCCUGACAUAGCAGCCAGUUUAUGUUUCCGUGGUCAAAGAAUUUUCUUGCAUAAUGCUAGUGGCUGGUUUGGCAAUGUUCCUUUAGAAGCUUCAGGAGAUUUUGGAAUUCAUCCAGAGGAAGGAGAGUUUCAUAUCAUGUGCCAGGUUCCAUCUGUUGAAGUUAAUGCACUGAUGAAAACUUUUAAGAUGCGACCUCUAGUAUUUCCGGUGGCAGGCUCUGUAACAGCUGUAUUUAACAUGCAAGGUCCCCUAGAUGCUCCUGUAUUUGUUGGAAGUGGAAUGGUCUCGAGAAAGAUAUCCCAGACAGGCUUAGAUGUCCCCAUAUCCGCUGCAUCUGAAGCAAUGCUAAAAUGUAAAGAGGCUGGAGCUGUGGCUGCAUUUGACCGUGUUCCAUUGUCAUAUGUAUCGGCUAAUUUCACAUUCAAUACGGAUAACUGUGUGGCUGAUUUAUAUGGGAUCAGAGCUAGCCUUGUAGAUGGCGGAGAGAUUCGAGGCGCAGGCAAUGCAUGGAUAUGCCCAGAGGGCGAGGUGGAUGAUAAGGCAAUUGAUGUGAAUUUUUCGGGAAAUUUGUCUUCUGAUAAAAUUUUGGACCGCUAUAUGCCUGGUUAUCUUCAACUUAUGCCACUGAAGUUAGGUGAACUAACUGGAGAGACAAAGCUUUCGGGAUCACUUUUGAGGCCGAGGUUUGACAUCAAGUGGAUUGCACCUAAAGCUGAAGGGUCAUUUGUUGAUGCUCGAGGGGACAUUGUGAUCUCUCAUGAUUAUAUAAAAAUCAAUUCUUCAUCUGUUGCUUUUGAUUUACUUUCAAAAGUUCAGACCUGUUAUCCUGACGACUAUCAUGGAAGAGAAGAGUCUUCUGCAAAUACUUCUAUGCCCUUUACGGUUGAAGGAGUUGAAGUAGAUUUGCGAAUGCGUGGUUUUGAGUUUUUCAGCUUGGUCUCUUCUUAUCCUUUUGACUCUCCACGACCAACACAUUUGAAAGCGACGGGCAAGAUAAAGUUUCAGGGAAAAAUUGAGAAGCCUGGCAUUCCUGCGGAGGAAAAUCUUUCUUCUAAGAGUGCGCAACAUGUAGGUUUAGGAGGGUUCAGAGAAAGUCUUGUUGGAGAAGUUUCAGUAUCGGGUCUCAGAUUGAAUCAGUUGAUGCUGGCUCCUCAGCUAUCUGGUCAGUUCAGCAUUUCUAGUGACCAUAUCAAGUUGGAUGCCACGGGUAGACCAGACGAAAGUCUAGCAGUGGAAGUUGUUGGGCCAAUACGGCCCAUUCUUGAGGAAACUUCCCAAAAUGGAAAGUUAUUGUCUUUUUCCCUCCAGAAGGGCCAGCUGAAAGUUAAUAUGUGUUUCCUGCCAAUGCAUUCUGCAACCUUGGAGGUCCGAAAUUUUCCCUUAGAUGAACUGGAGUUGGCAUCACUACGAGGAACCAUCCAAAAGGCUGAAAUUCAGCUUAAUUUUCAGAAAAGAAGGGGCCAUGGCUUGUUAUCUGUGCUUCAUCCGAAGUUCAGUGGCAUUCUAGGUGAAGCUCUAGAUGUGGCUGCCAGAUGGACCGGAGAUGUUAUCACCAUUGAAAAAACUGUUCUGGAACAAGUGAAUAGCUAUUACGAGCUUCAAGGGGAGUAUGUGCUACCUGGCACUCGCGACCGGAGCCUGUUAGGGAAGGACAAGGGUGCUGCCUUGUUUGAACGAGUGAUGACUGGUCAUCUGGGAAGUGUCAUAUCUUCCAUGGGAAGGUGGAGGAUGAGACUUGAAGUUCCUCGAGCUGAGGUUGCCGAGAUGCUCCCAUUGGCAAGACUCCUCUCGCGAAGCACAGAUCCUGUUGUUCGCUUGAGAUCUAAGGACCUUUUUAUGCAGAAUCUGCAAUCUGUUGGACUCUAUCCUGAAACACUUCAGGCUUUACUGCAGGAAAUAAAGGGGCAUCGUACUGCUCCAAAUGAGGUUAUUCCUGAGGACAUAAGUCUUCCAGGACUUGCUGAACUUAAAGGUCGGUGGCGGGGUUCUCUUGAUGCAAGUGGUGGAGGCAAUGGAGACACGAUGGCAGAAUUUGACUUCCACGGGGAGGACUGGGAGUGGGGAACAUACAAUACUCAGAAGGUUCUAGCAGUUGGUGCAUACAGCAACAACAAUGGGUUGCACCUUGAAAGGUUGUUUAUUCAAAAGGAUAAUGCGACGGUACACGCUGAUGGGACUUUAUUAGGACCAAAAACUAGUCUGCAUUUCGCUGUCCUAAACUUCCCUGUCAGUCUGGUUCCUACUUUGGUUCAGGUAGUUGAGUCUUCAGCAUCAGAUACUGUUCAUUCAUUGAGACAACUGUUAGCUCCAAUCCGAGGUAUAUUGCACAUGGAAGGAGAUCUGAGAGGAAGUUUGUCUAAACCGGAAUGUGAUGUGCAAGUAAGGCUCUUAGAUGGUGCUAUUGGAGGCAUUGAUUUGGGUCGAGCAGAAGUUGUGGCAUCUCUAACUUCAACUAGCCGAUUUUUGUUCAAUGCCAAAUUUGAACCAAUAGUACAGAAUGGUCAUGUGCAUAUACAAGGAAGUAUACCUCUUACGUUUGUGCAAAAUAACUUGGAAGAAGAAGAUACUGAGACGGAUAACAGUGGAGCAACUUGGUUUCCUGGUUGGGCCAAGGAAAGGGGAAGGGGCUCUUCUGAUGAAGCCAUCGAAAAGAAACUAUUCAGAGAUAGAAGUGAAGAUGGUUGGAAUUCUCAAUUAGCAGAAAGUCUUAAAGUUUUGAGUUGGAAUUUCUUGGAUGUCGGAGAAGUUAGGGUUGAUGCUGAUAUCAGGGAUGGGGGAAUGAUGCUGUUGACAGCUUUAUCUCCUUAUGCUAACUGGGUUCAUGGCAGUGCUGAUAUUAUGCUUGAGGUCAGAGGAACUGUUGAGCAACCUGUGGUGGAUGGAUUUGCUACAUUCCAUAGGGCAUCUAUAUCAUCACCCGUACUUAGGAAGCCACUCACAAACCUUGGUGGUUCAGUGCACGUAAAGUCAAACAGAUUGUGCAUCACUUCAUUAGAGAGCAGGGUUAGCAGGAAAGGGAAGCUGUUCAUUAGAGGUAAUUUACCUCUUCGAACAAGUGAAGCUUCCACUGAUGAUAAGAUUGAAUUGAAAUGUGAAGUCCUGGAAGUCCGAGCAAAGAACGUUUUAAGUGGCCAGGUUGACACUCAGAUGCAAGUAACAGGUUCCAUACUGCAACCUAACAUCUCCGGAAACAUCAAAUUGAGCCAUGGAGAAGCGUAUCUUCCACAUGAUAGAGGUAGUGGAGCUAGUUCGUUUAAUAGACUAGCAUCUAACCCAGCACGACUACCUGGUGGUGUCAAUCUAGCAGCUGCUUCUAGAUAUGUAUCACGUUUUUUUGGUACGGAACCUGCUUCAGGGACCAAGUUCGCUCAGCACACUGUCAAAUCAACUCAAGUUGAGAAGGAUUUGGAGCAAGUGAAUGUCAAACCAAAUGUUGAUAUUCGCCUUACUGACUUGAAGCUUAUGUUGGGACCAGAGCUGAGAAUAGUGUAUCCUCUGAUUCUGAAUUUCGCUGUCAGUGGGGAGCUGGAGCUAAAUGGUCCAGCUCAUCCCAAGUUGAUCAAACCUAGGGGCGUGCUGACAUUUGAAAAUGGCGAUAUUAAUCUUGUUGCAACUCAAGUGAGGCUUAAACGAGAGCAUCUAAAUAUUGCAAAAUUUGAGCCAGAGCAUGGUUUAGAUCCUAUGCUGGAUUUGGUUCUGGUUGGAUCAGAGUGGCAAUUCAGGAUCCAAAGCAGAGCAAGCAAUUGGCAGGACAAACUGGUCGUGACCUCAACAAGAUCUAUGGAACAGGAUGCUCUUUCUCCUACUGAGGCUGCUAGAGUUUUCGAGAGUCAAUUGGCAGAAUCCAUAUUGGAGGGUGAUGGCCAACUUGCAUUCAAGAAGCUUGCUACUGCGACACUUGAAACCCUGAUGCCAAGGAUUGAAGGGAAGGGAGAGUUUGGGCAUGCUAGAUGGAGGCUAGUCUAUGCUCCCCAGAUCCCAAGUCUGCUUUCUGUAGAUCCGAUGGUUGAUCCUUUGAAAUCGCUAGCCAGUAACAUAUCCUUUGGUACAGAAGUAGAGGUCCAGCUUGGGAAACGCUUACAGGCGUCGAUUGUGAGGCAGAUGAAAGACUCCGAAAUGGCCAUGCAAUGGACACUCAUCUACCAGCUCACCAGUCGGUUGCGUGUUCUUCUGCAGUCUGCUCCUUCGAAGCGCCUCCUUUUCGAGUAUUCCGCAACCUCACAGGACUAGCUGCACACCAUCGCCGUAGUUUUGCAGGUUUCUCGAUUGGAGCAGUUAAAAAGGGUUCUCGAGAGCGUGGUAAAUAGCAGUUGGCUGGUUGGUAGUAGCCGCGAUACGAGGAUAGAAAGAUGUACAUAUAUUCCGUUUAUUCUUUAGCUCAUGGAAAUGUGUGAGCUUGUCUAUAAUCUAGGCUAGUUUGUCAUCACCAACAGUGUCUACGUACGUUCUUCACCCCCCCCCCCCCCCCCCCCCCCAUCCCUCAACCCACGUCUCGCUCCCUCCUCUUAUGGCAUGAAUUCCAUUUCACUGUGAUUGUUUAAAAUGUGUAUUUUAGGAACGAAUUCGCCCACCCACAACUAAGCGGGUGAACUUAAAUUGGUAGGAGUGUGAGACUGUAUUCUCUCAAAAAUUGGUUGGACUGUAUUCGGUGUUGGAGCCAGAAAAUUAGUGAAGGGAGUGUAUUCUUCCUAUAAUAAAAAAAACUUCAUGAUGAAAA